AUGGGGGCAUGUUCUGUGGUUCUAUGAUCUGGUUCCAGAGCUGAAACCUAAAAGCUCGCUAAAGGGGUAAUUUUAAAAUGUGAAUAAUUUAUAAGCCUGCGUUAAAAUUGCUCUAAAACAUGAAUAUUUAAAAGCAAAAAAAAACUGAGCACGUACCGAUAAUUAACCGAUACAAUUAUUGAAUUUUUCCUAAUAAAUAAUUUAUAAAUGCUUUGAAAUGUCCACAUCUAAUAGUUAGGAACAAACUGGUUGGAAAUGGGGUGCUUAAUAGAGUUAUUGGAAAACGCGUAUUUCCAUUGCCUGCACUAUGUGGUCAAUAAAAGGCUCCGAAAGGUGGAAAGGCUAUUUUGGGCGUUGUGGGCUAUUCUGGCAAUCGUUGGAGCAAUAUUCCUAGUUACCAUAUCGGUGGACACAUUUUAUUCAACCAAAGCUUCGAUUCGAGUGAGGACCGACUACCUGGACUUCACCGCGCCUUUUCCAGCCAUAUUUUUCUGCGAAGAAAAGGAAAUUAAGGGCAAAUUUGAAGAAAUGUUAAAACACCUGAAAUUCAACUUAACUGAUCGCCAAUCCGCUCUGGACAUUGAAAACUUCGUUAGAGCGGCCAGCUUUAUUCGACCGCUGGACAGGGCGAUGCCGCAAAGAAUUUGUGACAAUCCUCAAAAGGAUUACUGUCGCUUCAUCACUGCAUACGGGCAGGAUUUGUCGCUGUUUGCCAACCAUAUACGGGCAGGUUGUAAGGAAAUAUUCACCUCAUGCACAUUUAAUGGGGUGGAGUUCGAUUGUUGCGAGCGCUUUUUGCCCGUGGGCACGUAUGAAGGCAAAUGCUUCGUGGUCAACAGCUAUAACGCUUUUAUCGAAAACAACCUUCUAAAUGGUUCAGUUGAAGCUCAAUAUGGAAGCUUGAGGAGAGGCCAGAAAAUUGGAGCCCUAAGACACGAUGCCGCACUUAACCCGGCAAAUUUAUCUGUUGAAUUGGCGCACACGGACUUAUCGGUUUGGUACAUGGGAAAUACAAAUAUUCCCACAAAGAUGUAUCAGAAACACAACCAUCUGCACGAGAGAAGGUUUAGAGAGUUCCGCACCGCUGAUAUACACCUACGAGUUUUAGUAGCAUCCCCGGACAAUUCGCUACUCAAACUAGAAGUAAAACGUCGAAACUGCAAACUAUCCCAGGAAGCUCAAUCCCUAAGGAGUUUUAAAGUCUACUCUAACUCAGCUUGUGAAGUUGAGUGCAUCAAGCAGGCACAGUUGGAACUUUGCGGAUGCUACAUCCAUUUGCUGCCGAGCGAAAACGAUUUGCUGAACAAACAGUGCAACAUCAGCGGCUUAAACUGCGUCUCACAGGCGCUGGAAAUUCGAAAAUACUUGGCCAAGUGCAUUUGUAUAAGCAACUGCCUUCUUAUCGACGUUUCCCUGAUUGGAAUCGUACCAAAUUUUGAAUACGAUAACGAUAUUAGGCUGCGCAACAACAAGUCAAAAAAACGCGUCAAUUUUAUAACCAGGGCCCCCACAGUGCAGUAUGUGAGACAUGCAAACCAGGAGUUCCUAGAUUUCAUUGUGUCUAUUGGUGGAGCCAUUUCUCUGUUCAUCGGAUGCAGCUGCUUGACCGUGGCACAAAUAGUCUACUACUUCCUUGUAAAGCCGCUUGUGGAAAGGCACCAUCCUAAACACUAGGACAAAUAUUGGAAAUCAACUAAAAGCCGAUGGAAAAAUUGAAGGGAAAACUUGGAUGUGGACACAUGAAAAUGGCAACGAUUGAACACACCUAAUUGAGUUACACAUUUUUAUUUAAAAAUUAAAUUUUAUAAUAAUUUAAAUAAUGUAAGCAUAUAUUACAGAGCUUGAUACACAUCGCUAAAGAAAAUAUUGAACUAUAAACAUACAUCUUGUACAUUCGCGCUACCAAUUAAAAACUCUGUGUUGGCAGUCUUCGCUGCUUGAUUAGCUCAGUAGUUGAUUUGAAAAAGUCUAUCUAUCUAAAGGCAACACCUAGUUUCCCAUUCAGGUAAGUAAAAAGGGAGGAAUUAAGACAAACAUGGCAUAUGCAGCUUGUGGAUAAAGGAAACUUUAGUACUAAAAAUGUAUUUUAAUACUCUCUAAUAAAUACAAUUAAACCUGACAACAGAAACAGUAAUAUGAUAUAAAUAACGCACCUCGUAGUUUAUACCACUAACGUAAAUAAUAUAAUCACAUGGCGUUAAGCAUGUAUAUUCUCAUUAUUUAUAUGUAUGUAGUUA